UUUUCUGUGUUUAACAUUUUCCUUAUAACACGAAGGCAACUAUGUGCUCUUCCUGAAUUUCCACACAUUAUGUGAGUGACAGCGUUCUCAGCAGAAUUCUUCACAGUCUGCACCACAUGUCCGUGAACCUCUUUGAAGACUUCCGCUGCAGGAGGUGCUUGUGAUGCUUUAGGUAGAUAAAUAGUGUUCAAGCAAGUUCCUGUCUACAGUUUCCUCCUCUCAGGCACACAAACUGCUACUUUAGUAGAAAUAUCAAACCAAAGGAUUCAACAUACCAAGGCAGCUUAUAUAAAUCAGUAAUAUACAUUUUCCAAGGUCCCCGCGCCGGGCCUGCAGGCAACACAAAUCAUGGUUGAUAACAUCGUCUCAAAGCCUCUCCGGUUGGUUUUGAUCUUCACAGCUCACAUGGUAUUCAACGACACCAGCCAAGCAGAGGUCACAAGGAUCCUUGGCACCAACAUCACCCUUGAAUUCAAAUUUAAUACCAGUGUCACAAAAGUUAUUUCAGUUUAUAAAAACCACAACAAGAUUGCUGGGUAUUCAGGGGGCAAGAUUUCCUCAAAUGAAGGCAAUUUUGACAUUUACCUUAAAAAUACGUCUGUGUUUUUCUGCAUUGCAAAUCUCACACUAAAUCACAGUGGAAUUUACUCUGCAAGUUUGUUCAUGGACUUAGAACCCGCAAAAGAAAGUAAUAAUCAGGAGCAGCUGAUUGUCCGAGAGGAGAACAAAAGCAGUACAGUUCUUUCAAAGCAGAAUGACAUCACGACAAGUAAAGACAGUGGAAGUCUCAGUUACAUCGUCACUGUUCUUGUGGUUUCACCCGUCGUGCUGUUGGCUGCAGCACUUCCAUUGUUGAUCUGGUGUCUCGUGAGAACCAACGACAAACAACCACCGUCACAACAAAGCUCUAAUCCCACAGUACAAGAAACAGUUGAAGCAUCCUACAAUGUGCCUGAACCCCCACUCAUCUACAGUGUCCUGGACUUUCCCAAAAGACCUUCUGCAGUUCUGGAGAUUCAUCCAAUUGAUACAGAGUACGCUGCAGUCCACUAUCUCCCAGAAAAGAGACAAGUGUGACAUGCAGCUGAAUGUAAACCAGUUGCUCUGUUUUGGUCAGGGUAAAGAUAUCCAAGUUGACUUGUAAGUAUGCUAAAUGCUUUUGAUAUCUCAAUAAUGAACCCUCAGAGCAUGUAAUUUAGGCUUCUUGCAAUAAUUUAGAAGCAAAAGAGUUUGGAGGGGAAGAGUUGUGGCUUGGGCUGUAUGAAUGUCGGUGUCACUUUGGUGGUCGUGAGAUUGAAAUGUUGCAAGUUUCUGCGGCACACCACAAGUCAGCUCACAUUGUUUUACAGUAACAAACUUUUGUGACAACAUUUUUUUUGGUUUUUGUUUGCUCUUUAUUUUUUUCAUCUUUACACUAAACCCUUAAAGGCAAAGUCUGGAGAUAUUCUUUGUUAUUGUUAACAAAUGCCACAAAAAGACCAAAACAAAAACACGUAUUUUCUGUAGUGAAAGUCUAAUAUACAUCUUAUUCCUCUGUUCCUCAGACCUCCAUUGUUGUCAAAAAAACAAACAAACUAAACACAUCAGGUACCUUUGUUUUGAUGAACAUGGGCAUUGUAGUCAGUUUUGAGUCCCACAAACAUCCCCGAAUGUGUAAUAAUGUGCCACUAAAACUAGUCCCACAAAAAGUUAUUUCUGUUUGAGUAACACUUACUAAAAACUACGGUGCCCGGCUGUUUUGGUAAAUUAUUUAUCCUUAUACAUUUAAAAAGAACUAAACGUUAAACAUCAAUGUUUUUUAGUUUUUUUUACAAACAAUACAUAUAUUUUUGUCUUCAGUAGGAUCAAAUGGUACCACAAAUAGGUUCAAUGCAUUCUCAUGAAUGGGAUCAUAUGAUAUCAUGCAAAAGAUUAUGCGCACUAAGACGUAUGAUAUUAUACAAAAACUAGGAGACCGCUGGCUGGUCACUUGACAUCGGCUACAGAGCUCCGUGCUGCAAAGUUGCAAGCAGUUGCUAGCUUGGUCUACUAGCAGCAGUUAGUAGAUGUGCUCAGCUGCUACAGAGCAGGUCAGCUGUAGUUGGUGGUUCAGUUCACCAAGAAUAGGAGACUGUGCGCUGGGUGCAGAGCACCCCGAGCUGCCGGUCAUUUCGGCGGAGUUUAGGCACAAAAAAAGUGAGUGUUAUGCAGUAAGGAAAGUAAAGUUUAGGCACCGGAAUGAGCAGUUAAGUUUAGGAAAAAUGUUGUGGUUUGUAUGAAAACACUUCAGGAUGCAAACUCCACUCCCUGGCUCGAAAGUCCUGUGUGUUAACACCCACUCAUCACCUCAACUACCUCGUAUGCAGCAGCAGUCAAUGUGAUGCAC